CGCAUGCUCAGUGUGUGUAGAGGUCGGAGGCGCUGGAGGUCGGUGGUUGCUGUCGGCAGGGAUGUGGUACGAAAUCCUUCCUGGCCUCGGCCUCAUGGCUGUUUGCUUGACUAUUCCUGGCCUCUCCACCAUCUAUAUUCACAGGUUUACCAACGGUGGCAAGGAAAAAAGAACUGCCCGGUUACCAUAUCAAUGGAUUCUGUUAGAAAGGGACAGAAGAGUGUCUGGUGGCAAGAUCCAUUUCAACUCAAAGGGAUUAGAAAACAUUGACUGAUGGGGUCUUCAUCUUGAACACCAUACUCGUGAAUCUGGAGGAGAAGCAUUAUUGAAGUGUUAACUUUAAUCUUUGUUUCAUAAUGUAAACUAAAUAUUUUACCAUAAAAUGGAAGGUAUAAACAUGAA